GCUUGUGUGGUGUGUAUGGGAGCUGUGAUAUAGAUAGUGAACCUAUUUGUGAAUGUUUGGAGAAGUUUGUACCUAAAUAUCCACAAAAAUGGGAAAAGGGAGAUUGGACGGAAGGGUGUGUUCGGAGGACACCCUUAGAUUGCAACAAGGAACAUGUAUUUCUAAGAUAUUCUGGAAUCAAGUUGCCAGAUACUAACCACUCUUGGUACAAUAAAAUGAUGACUCUAGAAGAGUGUAGGCAAGUAUGCUCCGGGAAUUGCCCCUGUACAGCUUAUUCAAGUCUGGAUAUAAGCAAUGGCGACAAAGGUUGCUUAUUAUGGUAUGGGGAAUUAAUUGACAUCAGAAAGUGGUCUGAAAGAGGACAUGACAUUUACAUCAAGAUGGAUCCUUCAGAGCAAGGUUCAACAAGAAAGAAGGCAAAGAUACUCGCAGUGAGUUUCUCAUUGUUGAUGGCAACGAUUCUGUUGAUCCUGAUUUUGUUGCGGUACAAACGGAGAAAGAAGAAACUGAAACUCAAUGAAGAUAUUGAGCUGCCACUAUUCCCAUUUUCAGCAAUAACAAGAGCCACAAAUAACUUUUCGUUCAACAAGAAGAUUGGAGAGGGUGGAUUUGGACCUGUUUACAAGGGAGUGCUGGAAGAGGGACAAGAAAUUGCUGUAAAGACACUGUCAAGGACUUCCAUGCAAGGACUUGAUGAAUACAAGAACGAGGUUAUCUAUAUUGCCAAGCUUCAGCACUGAAAUCUUGUGCGACUUUUGGGUUGCUGCAUUCAAGGAGAAAAUAUGUUGAUCUAUGAAUACAUGCCUAACAAAAGCCUGGAUUCAUACAUAUUUG